GGGACUCCUUCUCACAGUUCCGGUUUGUUGAGGAGAAAGAGUGGGAUGGUGAAGCUUCAUGUCCAAAACAGACCACCCUUCCUUUAGAGCUUCCUCAGGUGAAACCAAAGAGAAAUGAGGAAGGCAAGGGACUGGGGAUGCGGUUAAAAGGGCCCCUGGGGCCUGGAGGAAAGGGCUCCAUCUCCGAGCUGAAGUCGGCCGCUGCUGGCUGCCCCACGUACCUGGAUAAAGAUGGCCCAAGCCCUGCUCCCUCACAGGGUUCUCAGAAACCCAGCACCGCACUGCAGUCAGCAGCGGACCACUUGGAGGAAGAAUUAGACCUGCUGCUUAGUUUAGAUGCACCUGUGAGAGAUGGAGAUAACAUCGCACCAGACCAGACCUCUCAGGACCAAGAAUCUGAGAAAGAUGGGAAGGUGGCCCAAGAAGAAAAAGGUCCUGCAGAGCUCUCUGUGAUGGAAGAAAAGAAUGUGGAAUCUGAGCAACCAUGUACAUCAAAAACUGUUACUGAGGAAGAGCUUGAAGACUGGUUGGACAGCAUGAUUUCCUAACAUGAAAGAAAAAGGAGGAAAAAAAAAAAGUGCCUGAAGCAAAUUUUGAUUGCCUUGUCAGUAAGGGCGGGCCCAAGGCUGUCCUUCCAGAACAGCUGGUUUCUGAGCAUGCCCCGAGCCAGUGUGUUCUACCACGCUUGCCGCAGUAAACGCCUACCUCUGGCCCACGACAUCCGAAACUAUACAUCUAAGAGGCUCGUUGCAUUUGUUCUCUGGCUUAGCAAUCUAAUAGAUUCCUCGAGGGCAGGGGAUGUUAUGGUUCUUAUUUCCAGCCUCCUUCCUUUCCAUGUUUACAGCAGAGCAGGUGCUGCUGAUAGAAUAGCAAACAAGGCAUGCAUUUGUGGCCAAAAUAAACGAACGCUGGUCUAUGGAA